AUGAACUCUGACUCUGUAACUAAAAUGGUGGUUCCCCAAGCCAUGCUGGAUAUGAACAGUUUUGUCUGCAAACAUGACCCUGAUAAGCGCAGUUGCUUCUCCAUUGCAAUGCUUGCCGCCUUCCUCCAACUCCUGAGGGGCAAGGCACGGGCCGCUAGCCAGGGGCCAGCAGGAGCCCUGCUGCUGGCCGCCGUGCUCAUCUUCACCAUCGUGGCCGACGUGCUGGGCAACGUGCUGGUCAUCCUGGCCGUGCUGAGGAACAAGAAGCUCCGCAACGCGGGCAACAUCUUUGUCGUCAGUCUGUCAGUCGCAGAUCUAGUCGUAGCGGUGUAUCCGUACCCUCUCAUCCUGAGUGCUAUUUUCCACAAUGGCUGGACAAUGGGAAACAUUCACUGCCAGAUCAGCGGGUUCCUCAUGGGUUUAAGUGUCAUUGGGUCCAUUUUUAACAUCACAGCCAUCGCAAUCAACCGAUACUGCUACAUCUGCCACAGCCUCCGGUAUGACAGGCUAUUCAACCUGAAGAACACCUGCUGCUACCUUUGCCUGACAUGGAUGCUGACGGUGGUGGCGAUUGUGCCCAACUUUUUUGUUGGCUCACUCCGGUACGAUCCCCGCAUCUACUCCUGCACGUUUGCCCAGACUGUCAGCACGUCUUACACUAUCAGCGUGGUGGUUGUUCACUUCAUCGUCCCUCUGUCCGUUGUGACGUUCUGCUACCUGCGGAUUUGGAUUCUGGUGAUUCAGGUCAAGCAGCGGGUGAGACCUGACUGCAAGCAGAAGCUGCGGGCCGGGGACAUGAGGAAUUUCUUGACCAUGUUUGUGGUUUUUGUCCUUUUUGCAGUGUGCUGGGGGCCGUUAAACUUUAUUGGCCUGGCGGUCUCUAUUAACCCGUCGAAAGUAGCGCCACAAAUUCCGGAAUGGCUUUUUGUCUUGAGCUACUUUAUGGCCUAUUUUAACAGCUGUCUCAAUGCCAUGAUAUACGGGCUUCUCAAUCAGAACUUCCGAAAGGAGUACAAAAGAAUCCUACUGACUCUGUGGACCCCGAGGCUGUUUUUUGUCGACUUGUCGAAAGUUGGGACGGAGGGGAUGAAAAGCAAGCCCUCUCCAGCAGCAACAAACAACAACCGAGCUGAAAUGCACUUGUGAAUCGGGGAGGAUGCUGCUGUUUCUUGUGCUUCGGUUUUGCAGAGAAUAUAUAAAAGCUUUUCUAGGUACAGAGUUCACAGGGGUUGGUACUGCCCACUCUCAUUCCUGCAAGAAAUAUAAUUCUCUCUCGUCAUCCUCUACUCAUCACCAUGGUGUCUGAGCACCUUGCUGACAAAAGCAGUCCCACAGAAGCUGAGGCUUUGAGUAAGGAUUUUCAGGAUGAACCCAUUGACCUUUUUCCUAUGCCAUUUUUCACUAUGUGCCUAAUUGGUUUUGAUGCACUUGACAUGCUCAUGCUAACAAGCUCUGCCAAGGGAAGCAUGCGUAGUGCAUGUAGAUGCUGUUGUACUUGAAAUGCAAACUGCGAGACAAGGCACUUUAAAUCUCCUGUAUUUUAAAUCCCCCUCUCCACCCAGUCUCUUCCUCCUAGCAUUACUUAACCCAGCCCAUACUGUACAAACUGAAAACUAGCUCUAUACCUUUCUAGGCCCCAUAAUACAGAUAUGAAGACUUCUACUGUCUGGUGGUUUGUUUAUUUAUUUAUUUUUUAAGUUUAGCAAUUAUCCAAGAAUUGAUGGCAGGUAAAAACCAGACCCAACGAAUGUCCAGUGAACUGUUUAUAAUUGAAUCUUUCUAGACCAUAAGUAAAAAUGAA